CUGCAAUUGAAACCUUCGUAGCUUGGCUCUGUGGCUCGCGUGGAUCGACCCGACCCGCGCAUUCAAUUGCACAAUCGUCGAACCCUCAACCGCCGUAGCAAAUCAUCGCCAACUCCCCGCCCACAACCACGGCUGUGAGGGGAAUUCCACACCAUGACAUACGACUGGGAUCCUUAUAAAGACAUAUGUCGUCGUCUCUACGUCGACGAAAAGCGAAGCUUUGCCCAGGUUGCCCGGUAUAUGGCAGAAAACCAUGGAUUUACCCCCAGCCGGCGCACCUUUUGGUACAAGUUCAGGGAAUGGGGCUGGCCCAUCAGGGUCAACAAAGCCUACAGCAAUACCGAGUUGAUCGCCAGAAUCAAGGAACUAUGGGAACAGAACCUCAAAGCAACGGAGAUGUUACGCGUCCUCAAUGGGGAAGGCUACGACAUAAACGAUCGUACGCUCAACAGGAUCCGCCAAAAGUGCAAUUGGAAAUUGCGCUUGAAGACCAUCCAGGACCUACGAAAAGGCAUCAUCAGGCCGCCUGGGAAACCGGCUGACGGAACAAAUAAUGGCGACAACGACGGUAAUGACGACGGCGACAGUGAUUCCGAUGAUGAUAGCGACAGCGACAGCGAAGAGCCAAGUAGCGAGGAGGACGAAGAUGAUGAUGAGGAAAACGCCGCGGAAGACAAUGGACAAGGGUCGUCUAACACACAAGGCCAACAUCACGACCAACACCCGAGAUCAGCAUCUGGAAGUUUGCCACUUGGCCCAGACGACGAACUGACCCCCGAACAACGUGCUCGCAGAGAAGAGAGACGCCGGGUGCUCGAGCAAGAAUCGGCAGAACGUUGGGCCCUCAAGAAGCGGCGACGGAGAACCAGGGGGUGGGCAGGCCUGCCUCCAGAUCCGAGCGGUCUGCCUCCUCGCUUUCCAUCCGAGACAACCCUAGACGAAGCCAAGGUUAUCCUGCAGCUCGACGCUGCGGCCUACAAGGCGCUGCGGGAGAACUUCGAAAAGAUUUGCAGGGAGAACAACGUUAUCAAGAAGACAAUUGCCGGGCCGGAGAAAUGGGAAGCCCUGAAGGAGCAGAUGAUCCGUGAUAGCAUGCAUCUCCGUGCUAUCAUGUGGGAUCAAGCCAACAUGGAGCAGAAGAAGAUUGCGAUCGAUGUUAUCUGCUGCGACGUGACCAAGCGGAUCAGGACGAUGCAGUCACACAUGACACUAGCACAGGCCCGGAACCUCCUCGGGCUGAAUCCGGAGCAGGGUAGAUACAUUCGAGGAACACUUUACCUGCUGCUGGGUCAGGAGAAGUUUGGGUUCAAGCAUGUCGAAGGGAUCGAUAAGUGGAACGAAAUGGUACAGAAAUGGUUCGACACCACGGAGCUACUGCAGGAACUAUUCCCUCCAGGCUGUGAGCACUGGCCUAACGCCAAAGAGAGGAAGAAGGCUAUCGAGCUGCUGGCCCGUGACGGAAUGAGGAGAUACAGAGGUGAUCAAGCAAAGUUGGAGAAGGAUGCUUUGAAUCCACCGCCUCCCAAGGCUCCUAGGAAGCGUGCCCCUCCGAAACCGAAGCCGGCCCCGACUCCCGCUCAACUUGAGAGGGCCGCAAAGCGAGCCGCAAAGGCUGCUGAGAAGGCUGAGAAGGCAGCUCAACCCAAACGAGGCCGUGGCCGACCCCCGAAGAAUAAUACGGCGGGGCCAUUAACGGCACCGGCACCGGUACCGCAUACGGUUGUGCGGCUCGCGCCACCCGAAUCGUCUAGCUCGUCCGAGAGCUCGUCCGAGAGCUCCUCGGAGGAGAGCGAAGCGGAGCCGGAUGCCCAAGAUGUAGACGACGGCAACCUGGAUCCGGACAUUCUGUUGCAACAGUCAAUUGAAGACGAUAAUCCGUUUGGAAGUUAUUCUACCGGCACUCAUGUUGCCAGUGGAAGCGGCAGUGCUGGUGCCAACGUUGCUGCCAGUACCAUUACUGCCCACACCUCUUCACACACUCCGAAUCUUGCUCAAACUCAAAGCCGUGUUCAAACUCAAACUCAAAGCCGGGCCCAAACCCGUUCCCAAGCUACGCAAAAUUACGCAGCCAACCGGAACCAGAUGCAACAAGGCUAUAGCACUUCGAACCAUGGCUUAACCCAGGCUCACGCCCAGCCGCAAGCCACCAUGUAUACACAGCAACAGCAGCAACAACGCAUCCGGGAGCAACAACGCAUCCAGGAGCAAACACGAUACCGACAGCAGCACUUCCAGCAAAACCCCUCCGUCCCAGUCCAAGUCUCACAGCCAGUGGCAACUAACCCCUCAACCUCCACCCCAUCCUCCAUGGCCGUCUACUUCCGCCUCCACGCCUCCUCGCCUCUCCAAGGCGUGGUCUCACGCAUGUGGAUCGCCACCCUAUCGGGCCGCUCCGUCCAGGAACUACGCAGCACCGCAGUGGCCAACUACCCGGGCGUGGUGUGCUUGGCCAUCGAGGGAAUCGUCAAGGACGGCAAGGGCGGGGAGUUGCCGUUGCCGGUUAGUGAUGAUAUGGAGAUGGAGGCGUAUUUGCAGCAUAUACAGGGCAUGGGGAGCGGGGCGCCGACGUUUAGUGUUAUGCUUGUGCCGGCCGCAGCGGCGGCUGUUGGGGGGUCUUGGUGAGGGAGAGGCAUGAGGGGGGAAUUGGUAGGGGUAAUGUGUUUUGUUCUAUAUAUGGGUGUGUGGAAGGGAUCAUGGAGUAACUAGCAACGAAGACGAGAACUGUUGUCGAUAUCGGAACAUGAGUACCAGGGAUAUAUGGAGCAUGGAUACGAUACGGUUUCUAUUGCAACAGAAAUCUAGCGUAUAGACACGCCGAAUUCAAUGUCCGGUUAAACCCCCGGAUGACCCCAAAUCUCGGACUUUUCAGUCGGACAUCGGCCGGUAGGUGCUCCGGCGUUUGCGGUGGAUUUCCCGGUGGAGGCCUCCACUUUCCCCGAUCUGUACCUGAACGAAGACGUCAUGGGGUGCCAGGGGCUUAGACGCUGCGCCUAGUGGGG